AUUAUAAAAGAGAUCACCAACCCAACUACUACAAGGAUAUCUCCCCUCUCUUGUUCCCUGUUUUGGUCUAAAAACAUAACUCCUCCCCUUGGAUUCUCCUCAAUUCCAUUAAAUCCCUCUCCCCAUAAUACUUUCCUUUGAAUCCAAAUCCUUAGAACUCUCUUUAGCUAUCAAUCCUAAGCUCCCAAUUCUCAUCAAAGCCUUAUUACUUUCUUCUUAAUAUCAAAUCUCACCGACCACAUAUUGUUCUUCCCAUUUCAAACUACAAAACCCCCACCGAUCCUCAGCCUACUUUCUUCAGCCUGAAGAACUUCACCCUCUUCCAUUAUAGCUGACAAUGGAUUCCCACUCUGGCUACAGCAACAAGCCCAGCUCUCACUCCCACAAGCCCCAGCCUUCCCCUAAAGAUCUCCUCUCCAGUGCCAAGGUGAUGGCGGGGGCUGCCAAGUCCACCCUCCACCACGACACCGAAAAGAUCGAUAAGGCCAAGGUGGCUGAUGCUGCUGCUGACUUGCUCGGCGCCGCCUCGCAUUAUGGAAAGUUUGAGGAGAAGAAGUUCGGAAAGUAUGUUGAGAAAGCUGAGAAUUAUCUCCACCAAUACCAUUCCUCCCACCCAUCUACCACCGCCGCCGCCGCUCACCAUUCAUCUUCGGCUCAUUCGAGAGGUGAGGCUCACUCAGAGAGCGAUUUUGGGGACUACUUGAAGUUGGCUCAGGGGUUCUUGAAGAAGCACUGAAUCCUUCUUCGGAUGCUUGUACAAGUUAAUAUUGGUGUUCAUGUCUUUUUGGACUCUAUUGUUUGUUGGAGUAGCUCAGAUGAAAGAAUUCUAAGUUGCUGAUAUCUUAUUUGCACUUGUCAUGGUUAACAUUUGAUUGAAUGGAAUAAUGAUUUGGAUGGUGGAACCCCUAAAAGUUAAUAAUGUUUUUCGAGUAUUGGAUGGUGCAGUUCGGUUCUUUUCCUUGUUGUUGCUAUGAAUCUCGUGCCAUUAUUAUCAAGAACAAGAGUUCACUGCUUUGUAUGUUAUGUUUAUGAGAAGAUGCUAGAUCCUCUGUCUUAAGGCUGGUAAACUUCCAAGGAAAGAUUUUUGUG